GAAAAGUACAAAAUCCGAACUCCCAACCACCACUAAGAGUUUGUAAUUGUAAGGUUGUAGAUAGCUCAGACACCAUCGUGUUCUGAGAAACAUUUUCCCUUUGCUCAACCUCACUAUCAACAGUAACCAUGUCCAUAACCAUAGCUUUCCUUUCUCUCUCCUCUCCUCCAUCUACUCAUCUCCACAGAACCCAUUUAUUUGCUACUAGUACUACCCACAAACCCACUCUUUUUCUCUCCUCUACCAGGCCAUCUUUCUUCACUUUCAGGGCCUCAGCAGCUGACAAUGGAGCUGGAGUCUCAGCCCCUGCUGCCAUCGUGGAGGAACCAAAGGUCCCCGAAGCUCCAGAGGACCCCGUGGGGUCCAAUGGGGCUGUAGAGCCCCAAGAAGUCAUGGUUUUGACCAAGUUUGAGGCCAAAUGGAUUAACGGAACUUGGGACUUGAAGCAGUUUCAAAAAGAUGGGCAGACCAAUUGGGAUGCUGUUAUUGAUGCCGAAGUUAGGAGAAGAAAAUGGCUUGAGGAUAAUCCAGAAUCAUCCAGUAAUGAUGAUCCUGUAGUUUUUGACACCUCAAUUAUACCUUGGUGGGCAUGGAUGAAGAGGUUCCAUCUUCCUGAAGCUGAACUUCUUAAUGGCCGUGCUGCCAUGAUAGGUUUCUUCAUGGCUUAUCUAGUUGAUAGCUUGACCGGAGUAGGUUUGGUCGACCAAAUGAGCAACUUCUUUUGCAAGACUCUAUUAUUUGUUGCUGUCGUUGGGGUGCUUCUAAUCAGAAAGAAUGAGGAUAUUGAAACUCUGAAAAGGCUUCUAGAGGAGACAACCUUUUAUGACAAGCAAUGGCAAGCAACAUGGCAAGAUGAGACUUCCGGAGGUAUUAAAAAUGAGUAGUCAGAUUUAGGUGUAUAAUUUGAGUAUUUGUUCUUGCUUAGUAUUGAUGUAAUCUAUCUAAGCUAGUGAAUGAUAAAGACUUAAGUUGCUAUUUUUCAUGCAUUCAUACUUCUAAGUUUAAUAUCUAAUCUUGUGAACGUGUUUUCUUGAUGAAUUACUGUGCUAUGGAAAAUAUUGUUGCCACUGA